AGCUGCCCUUGAUUCUGUCAUCACCAUCCAAAUAAACGAUCGCGCAGCUGGCGCUUCUUUCCCGUGCGAAUGGAGAACCUCGAGGCCAUCGUGCUGGUGAUCCUGGCCACGCACAACCUGGUGCGCCUCCACCUGCACCGGGGCGGCGUGGCUGCCCGCGCUCGGCGGACGAUGCGCCGCGUGAUGGCCAACCACGUCUCGCUGCUGCACCAGCUGCUGCCCGACGCGUGUCCGGACAGCGAGGCGCGCCUGGUGGCCGAGGAGCUCCACGCCGGGCCGCACCGCUUCUGGUCGCGCCAGGUCAGCCAGGACUGGUGGGAGCGCGUGGUGCUGGAGACGUGGCAGCCCAGCCAGUGGCUGCAGGGCUUCCGCAUGACCAAGGACACCUUCCUGGCGCUGUGCGAGGAGCUGCGGCCGGAGCUGCAGCGCCAGACCACCACCAUGCGGGCGCCGCUGAGCGUGGAGAAGCGCGUGGGCAUCGCCCUCUGGAAGCUGGCCACCACCGAGUGUUACCGAUCCGUGGCCGGCCACUUCGGGGUGGGGCGCUCCACCGUCGGGGAGGUCUUCAUCGAGGUGUGCCUGGCCAUCGAGAAGCUGCUCUUCAGGAAGGUGGUGGCCCUCGAGGACCCCAAAGAGGUCAUGGCAGGAUUUGCGGAAAUGGGGUUUCCCAGCUGCGUGGGGGUCAUGGACAGGACCCACAUCCCCAUCAUCUGUACUGUCCGAAAGGGGACCAACAUCAGCCAAAAGGGGUUCUUCCCUAUGUCAAUGCAAGGCACGGUGGACCACAAGGGCCGUUUCAUUGACAUCGAACUCAGCUGGUGCGGUAAAGAUAAGGACGCCUCCUUCUUCCGAAACCUAGCCCUGUGUGAAGCGAUGGACCAAGGGUCGUUCGUACCUGGGACUCAUUCCAUGACCAUUGGCAACGUGGAGAUCCCCCCGCUCAUCUUGGGCGACGCGUCCUAUCCCUUGAAGAAGUGGCUCAUGAAGCCCUUCACUGGUAACCUCAGCCCCCGCCAAGAACAUUUCAACUCCCGCCUAAGUGACUGCAAGAAGGUGGCCGAAGAGGCCUUUGGGCGGCUGAAGGGACGGUGGAGGUGCCUGGCUACCCGCUUGGAGGUGGCUGAGGAGAACAUUAUCCCCGUGGUGGUGGGGUCCGUCGUGCUCCACAAUAUUUGCGAGAAUCGUGGACAUGCUUUGGUGGAUGGGCCUUGGGCCCAAGAUGGCGUGUGGGACCAGGCCCCUGAGGGACACUUGAGGCUCCCGACAUCCCCAGAGGAUGCACGGGAUGGGAGCCUGGUGAGGGAAGCUCUGGCAAGCUACUUCAUGAGCAAUUCCUAACUCCUCAA